AUGACGGCGCAGAAAUGUGUCCAUCAGGGCUGCGGGAAGGAGUUUCUCGCCAGCGACGAAAAGUGCGAGUACCAUCCCGGGCCGCCCAUAUUUCACGAAGGACAAAAAGGAUGGAAGUGCUGCAAGCCGCGAGUCCUCACGUUUGACGAGUUCAUGUCCAUUCCACCCUGCACAACCGGCACGCAUUCGACAACCGACAAGCCUCCUCCGCUCGAGGAGUCGAGGACGGUCGAGGACGACGCGGCGCUGGUGAAGAAGAUUGAGGCGCUCACGGCAUCCGCCACGCCUCCGGCACGGGCUCCCAUCCAGCCGGCGCAGCAUGCGCCCACGCCCCCGCCCCCGGCGCCGGAGACGGACGACGACGACGCUGCCAUGGUGAUCCCCGACGGCGCCGAGUGCAGGAGGCGCAAGUGCGGACAAAAAUACAAGAAAGGAAGCUCUCGGGAGGGCGAAGAGUGCCUGCACCACCCUGGCGUGCCCAUCUUCCACGAGGGGAGCAAGGGGUACUCGUGCUGCAAGCGGCGGGUGCUGGAGUUUGACCAGUUCUUGAAGAUCGAGGGCUGCAAGACGAAGGAGAGACAUCUGUUCAUCGGCAGCGGCGCUCGGAAGGAGAAGCCAGGCUCCUCGGGCGAGGAGGUUCUGGACUCGGUGAGACACGACUUUUACCAAACGCCCACCACCGUCAUCGCCUCCCUCUUCCUCAAGAAGAUCGUCAAGGAGACUGCCAAGGUGGAGUAUCACGCCAAGAAGCUGGUGCUCGACCUGAGGACGAGCGACGAGCCGGCGAAGCGGUACUCGGCCGAGGUGCCUCUGUACGGAUCGAUCGACACGGAGAAAUCGAAGCACAAGGUGCUCGGCACAAAGUUGGAGCUGGAGCUGGUCAAGGCGGACGGAAGCCCGUGGCCGGUGUUCCGGGCAGACGACGCCUUGACGGGCGAGAUACUGCAGAUUGGCCGGGCCGGGCAAGCACAAUAG